AUGCGUUUCUCCGAGAAGCUCGGCUUCAAGCGCCCCGACGAUGAGGCCGGCGCUUCAUGGGUCGCCAUCCUCAUGGGCUUCUUUGUCGCCUUCGGCGGUGUCCUCUACGGAUAUGACACUGGCACCAUUUCCGGAAUCAUGGCCAUGCCAUACUUCAAGGAUCUCUUCAGCACGGGAUACCGCAACCCCAACGGCGAGCUCGACAUCACCGCCACUCAGGAGAGCGCCAUCGUCUCCAUCCUGUCGGCUGGUACUUUCUUCGGCGCUCUUGCGUCCCCUCUUCUGGCCGACUUCCUGGGCCGCCGCCCUGCCUUGAUGAUCUCGACUUGGGUCUUCAACCUGGGCGUCGUCCUCCAAACAAUCGCAACGGCAAUCCCCAUGUUCCUGGCUGGUCGCUUCUUUGCCGGCUUCGGCGUCGGUCUCAUCUCCGCCUUGAUCCCCCUGUACCAGUCCGAAACAGCACCCAAAUGGAUCCGCGGCGCCAUCGUCGGCGCCUACCAACUGGCCAUCACAAUCGGCCUCCUCCUCGCCGCCGUCGUCAACAACGCCACGGCCAAGCGCCACGACUCGGGCAGCUACCGCAUCCCCAUCGCCGUCCAGUUCGCCUGGUCCCUCGUCCUCUUCGUCGGCAUGAUCUUCCUGCCCGAGACGCCGCGCUUCCUCGUCCGCUCCGGCAAGCUCGAGAAAGCCAGGGCCGCCCUCUCGCGCAUCCGCCGCCUGUCCCCGGAGCACGAGGCUCUCGCCGCCGAGCUCGGCCAGAUCCAGGCCAAUCUCGAGGCCGAGAGCAGCGUCCGCAAGGCCACGUACGCAGACUGCUUCCGCCGCCCCAUGCUCAAGCGCCAGUUCACCGGCAUGGCCCUGCAGGCGCUGCAGCAGCUGACGGGCAUCAACUUCAUCUUCUACUACGGGACGCGGUAUUUCCAGAACUCGGGCGUCUCCAGCGGCUUCACCAUUGGCAUGAUCACGGCGGGCAUCAACGUCGCCUCCACCAUCCCCGGUCUCUUGGCCAUUGACCGCUGGGGCCGCCGCCCUCUGCUCCUCCUCGGCGCCGUCGGCAUGUGCGUCUCCCAGCUCAUCGUCGCCGUGGUCGGCACAGUUUCCACCGGCCAGCGCCCCAACGGAGAAAUCUUUGUAAAGUCCCUGGCCGGCCAGCAGGCGGCCGUCGCCUUCGUCUGCAUCUUCAUCGCCUUCUUCGCCAGCACCUGGGGCCCCCUCGCGUGGGUCGUCACCGGCGAAAUCUACCCGCUGGCCACGCGGGCAAAGGCCCUGAGCAUGACCACGGCCACAAACUGGCUCUUCAACUGGGCCAUUGCCUACUCCACCCCUUACCUCGUCAACUACGGCCCGGGCUACGCCAACCUGCAGUCCAAGAUCUUCUUCGUCUGGUUCGGCGCCUGCUUCCUCUGCAUCGCCCUUGUCUGGUUCUUCAUCUACGAGACCAAGGGCCUUAGCCUGGAGGAGGUCGACGAGCUCUAUGCCGAGGUCAAGGUCGCCCGCAAGUCUACCACCUGGAAGCCCACCCCGCGCCUGGAGGCUGCUGGAAGUACCACCAGCGAGGAGUCAAAGGAUGAGUCUGGUCCCAAGGAGGCGAGUCCUCAUGUUAUGGACCAAGGAGUUGAACUUCAAGUGUAA